CAUUGCACAAAACUAUUUCUGAUAGUAUAACUCAAAAAAUAGAGAAAAAGAAACAAGAAAUUAAUGUUAUGAUCAUUAAUUAUUAUCAGCACCUUUUCAAAAAAUUAAAAUGAUUCGUUCUAAAUUCACACCUGCGGCACUGGGCUUUCUACAAUAUUUUUUGACCUACAGAAUCGUAAAAUACACAACAAAAACUUUUCCACGAUUUAAGUUUCAACAUUCCAGAGUUUUCAUGAUGUCUGCAAGCUUAUUAUUUUUGUGGCCUGUAAAGAAGUCUACCAUUCAAAAACCAUUGAAAAGUAAAAUUGAUUUAACUCCUGUGCUGAAUACUGCUGAUAAUUUAUUUGAAAGUGGACACUACGAAGAAUGCUACAAUUUACUUUCUGGUUGUAAGGAGUCUGAUGUGGAAAUAAGUUGGAGAGUAUGCCGUGUCCUCUACAACAUGUCCAAAGAAUCUAAGUAUGACAAAACAUAUAAAAGAGACCUUAUUUUAAAAGCUUUUGAAAUAAUAUCAAAAGAAAUUUUAAAACACUAUGAUCAUUUUGCUGUUCAAAAAUGGUAUGCAUUGAUUUUGGAUGCCAAAAGUUCAAAUGAUGGUAUCAAAGAAAGAAUAAAACAGCUAGAAAAUAUUAAGAAACAUAUGGAUCUUGCAGUAACAUUGAAUCCAAAUGAUGCAACAACUUGGCACAUGUUAGGUGAAUGGUGCUAUCAAGUGAGUGAACUGCCUUGGCAUCAAAGGAAGAUUGCAGAAGCUUUAUUUGGUUCUCCACCGCAAUCCACAUAUGAAGAUGCUUUGGAAUAUUUUUUAAGAGCUGAGGCUGCACAGCCUCGUUUCUACAGCAUUAACCUUUUAAGGCUUGGCAGCUGUUAUCUAAAAUUAAAGAAAGAAGAUCAGGCUAAAUACUAUCUAAAAUUAGCAGCCAGUUAUCCAGCCAAGUCAAAUGAUGAUCACCUUGCAAAUAAAGAAGCAGCAGAAUUACUUAAUAAGUUAAAAUGACUGAAAAGAUCAAUGUCACAAAUUACUACUUAGUAUGGUGAAAUAUGGAUUAGAAUUUAUAUUUUUAUAACCAGUUUUGACAUGGCCAUCUUUAUCCCUUUUACAGAUUUACAAUGUAUUACUUGUAUAGCUUUACCCAGAAAUGACAAAUUAAUUUAUUGCAUUACUAUGACACAUGUUGUCUCAUUCUAUUUGCUUUGUUAAAAUAGGGUUUAUGUUUGACUUAUAUGAGUGAGGUCAAUAGUGUAAGAAAAUAGACAACCCACAUUUAAGGUGGAUUUUUCCAACAAGGAUUAAAGUUCACUCUAAAAACACUAUGUCCAAAAGGAUCAACAAUUGCUGUUCUGGUAUGUCCAUACUUACCCUUUUUGUUUUAAUUUAAGUACUUAUCAUAUUAAUAUUCUAUAAAAUACAGUCCUUGUAUGCUUGUGUUUCAUUUUCAUUACCUAUCUAUUUUAAUGGCUGCUAAGCUUUUAAAACUGUAAAAGGCUCAGUUUUAUGGUAAAAUACCAACGAUAUUAAAUACCCGUAUUUAAUGUACGGUAAUAAAUAUUGUUGGGAAAAACCAAUAAAAAUAUGGUGAUUUCUAGUAUGAGCAGCUGUAAGCCCCAGAGACUACUUAGAUACUACCACUCAGUGCAAAGAAAACAAAACUUGUUUAAAACGCGAUCUCCAUUACCAAUUUUAAGGGCCAAAUGAAGAGGCGUAGCCCCUGGCUAGGGUAAGCAAUCGGGGUCCGGGCUUGGGAGGUCCGGAUCCUGCAUUGCACAACAGGGGCCUGUUGAUGGUUAGGGAUGCCUCGGGGCAUCCCCAUGAUGGGUGGGUCUCGAGUCGGACACUCACUGGUGAGAUCGCGGAAGUAUCCGGCCAUUAUAGACACACUAUAGACAUAUACGGGCCCGGUAGGCCCGUCGGUAAGGUGAGGGGCAUCGUCAGAUUUUUAGUGGGUAGAACCCCCCCCCCCCUCCC